AUGGAUUACGAUGUCGUGAUCGUUGGAGCUGGAUGUGCAGGAUUGGCAACAGCAAUCCGCCUAAAGACGGAGGCGGCCAAACAACAGAAGGACAUUUCUGUAUGUGUGUUAGAAAAGGGAGAAAUGGUCGGAUCCCACAUUCUAAGUGGCUGUCUCUUCGAUCCAGCGCCAUUGAACACUCUCCUGCCGAACUGGAAAGAGCUUGACCCGCCGAUCACACAGAAAGUAACACAGGAAUCGAUGCGUUUUUUCUUCAGCCAGGAGAACAGCUGCUCCAUUCCCUCCUCCCUCAUUCCCAAACCCACACGCCACACAAACCAUUACAUUGUUAGUCUAAGCAACGUCACACGAUGGCUCGGCGAGAUCGCUGAACAGCACGGCGUUGACAUUUUCACAGACACGGGGGUUUCCUCCCUCCUACUCGAGCAAAAUCGUGCCGUUGGAGUCAUCACAGUCGAUAAAGGAAUCGAUCCCCAGGGAAAUCCGAAGGACGAUUUCCUCCCAGGAUACGAGAUCCGCGGGAAAUCGAUCGUUCUAGCGGAAGGAGCGUUGGGCUCUGUAACCGAAUCCGCGAUUCGGCAGUUUCAUUUAGAAUCGAAAGGAGUUCGAACGUAUGGAUUAGGGAUGAAAGAGGUGUGGGAGUUGCAGAACAGCGAGGAAUUGGCGGGGAAGGUAAUCCACACAUUGGGCUAUCCGCUCCAACGGGGACUAAACGAUUCAUUGUAUGGAGGAGGCUUUCUGUAUUUCCAAGAGCCGAAUCUAUUGCAUAUUGGUUAUGUUAUCGUAGGACUUGAUUACGAAGACACGUUCAUCUCUCCCUAUGAGGAGUUUCAGCUCUUCAAACAGCUCGAUUUUGUCUCUGCGUUUCUGCGCAAAGGCGAGCGACUGGAGUACGGAGCUCGCGUGAUUUAUGAGGGCGGGCUUCUAGGACAAAUCGCUCCUGCAUUCCCCGGAGGACUCAUUGUGGGAGAGAGUUUAGGCGUCAUGAACAUGCUUUCCUUGCAGGGAUCGCACAACGCGAUCGAAACGGGAAUUCUGGCGGCGGAUUCGCUGCUGGAAGAGUGGGAGUCGCUUGCUCCCGGAUCGGUUUCGAAGGCGUUUCCCGCGAAAUUAGAGAAGAGCAGGAUGCGGAAAGAACUGUACAAUUCGCGUAGCAGUCGAGCGAUGUUUCACGCAGGUCUGCUUUCUGGAAUGUUCUAUUCGUUUGUGUCCGGCACGUUGCUCGGCAAUCGCAAUCUAUUCACGCAUUAUUUACCUCCCGGAAUGGAUUGGGAGAAGACGAAAACGGCAAAGGAGAGCGAAAAGUGCAUUCGCAGAGGGUACCAGAAGCCUGAUGGUGUGGUUAGUUUUGAUCGUGAAUCGUCGUUGGCUCUGAGCAGUGUGGAAUACCCUGAGGAGUUAUCGCAUAUUCGAGUGAAGAAGGGAAUGGAGCAGGUUCCUGUGGAUUAUUCGCUGAAAGAGUAUGAUGCUCCGGAGCAGAGGUUCUGUCCUGCGAAUGUUUACGAAUAUGUGAAGAACGAUGAAGGAAAGGUGUCUCUAAAGAUUCAUAACGAGAAUUGUAUUCAUUGCAAAACAUGUGUGGUUAAAACUCCGAAGCAGUUUGUGGAAUGGACAGUGCCGAGUUCUGGAGGUCCGAACUACUCCGGUAUGUAG